UGGUAAUUACAUUUGCUGUUAUUGUUUUGUUCAGCUGCAUUUUUUCUGAGUUAAGCGUAAAAUGUGGAAAUACAGUCAGAAUCAACUGAAUCAAGGACCACCUGGUGGUGGUGCUGGUGGUGGUGGUGGUGGCGGUGGCCCCAACAUGAUGCCCAUGGGCGGUGGCUUUAUGCAAGGCGGCGCAGGCAUGCACAUGUCACCGCAGCAGCAACAGCAUCAAAUGAACAUGAUGGGAGGACCAGGAGGUGGACCCGGCUCCAUGCAAAUGAAUCCCAAUGCGAGUGGACCACCCGGUUUAAUGCAAAGCAUGGGCAUGUCGCCACAACACCAGAUGCAGCAGCAACAGAUGAUGCAGGGAGGCGUCGGCGUUCCCAUGUCCAAUAUGCCGCAGCAGCAACAGAUGAUGGGUCCACAGCAAGGAGUAGGUAUGGUGCCUGGUCCGCAACAACAUCCACCCAAUAUGCCACAGCAACAACAGCAGCAGCAGCAUAAUCCUGGCGCAGGUGCAGCUGGUGGACCAGGUGGUGGCAACAACAUGCUCGCCAUUUCUCAACCCAAUCCGCACAAGGAGAUUAAUAUAGUGCAGCUGUCGCGACUGGGUCAGGAAACGGUUCAGGAUAUUGCAUCACGCUUCCAGGAAGUCUUCUCCGCCCUGAAGAAUAUACAACCCACUUCGCAUCGCGACAAUAAUACGGAGAAAAAAGUGCAGGAAUAUUUUCGCACAAUUCGAUUGCUUUUCAAGCGAGUCCGCAUCAUCUACGAGAAGUGCAAUGAUGCUGGGAUGGAUUAUAUGAAUGCGGAGAGUCUGAUUCCCUACCGAGAUGAGCCCGAUCCGCGCAUCGAACCCUCUCAAUGUGAUGAAUAUCGCAAAGUUUUGCAAGAGAAUCAGGAAUUAAUCGAAACAGUUAAAUUGAAAAAUCGUCAAUUGCGGGAGAUUAUUGACAGAACACGCAUCAUUAUCUGGGAAAUUAAUACGAUGUUGGCCAUGCGGCGCUCUUAGAUCUAAAUACUAUUUUCAAAUUCCGAUUGUUUAUUUAUGUAAAUUUAAUAAUUAAAAAAAAGAAAGAA